CCCAAACGAGGCCAGGAAACACAAAUGAUGAACGCAAUGGGAGCCCUGUCGUGGGCGGUUGACGCCGUGGUGGUGAUCUACUCUCUCACCGUCGCCAUCUCUGCCCCGCUGAUCGUCGCGCAGGGCAUCCUCCCGCGCCGCCUCUUCCCGGCGCCGCUCGUGGCGUUCAAGCUGUGGUACGCGGCAAAGUUCGACGACUAUCUAACAGCUGAGCCACCGGCUUUCUUCCGCGGGCUUAACUGGCUGGAGCUCGUCUUCCAAUGGCCACUCAACAUCGCCAACGUCUACGGCAUCCUUGCCGGCCGCCCUUGGGCCGCCACCACCUCCCUGAUGGCCGGCGUCUCCACCCUCACUUCCAUGGCUGCGAUACUUGGAGACAUUCUGGGAUCAGGGAGAGCCACCAAGAAAUUGCUUCUAGUCUAUGUCCCUUACGUUGCUUUCGCCAUCGUUGCAAUUCUUCGUGGGCUCACCUCGGGAUCAGGGUCUCCAGCGGGUUCUCUUGCAUCGUAUGCUUGGAAGAAAAUCAUCUAAUACUUAUUUCUUUAAUUUCGUUAUGUUGUACCCUCAACCAUAUAUAUAACCAGUGAUAGGUUCGUGGUCAUUACUCUUUCUUGUACAAUGGAUUAGCGCAUUGUCACCUUUCCCUUUACGUAUCCGUUUGCAAAAUUUAUUUGGGGUGCGGCUGAAAUCAGUCGCAAGGACAGGCUCCUCGAGGCCUAUACCAGUUCGUGUCGUUCAGUUGCUAGUACGCAAAGGGGUUGACAUUAUGUGGAAUCCUUUUCUCAGGCCGUUCAUAUCGCCACUUUGUUUAUCUUUUGACAUAGUUCUUUAAAGAGUUUCUAAUGAAGCUUGGGAGAAAAAACAUUUAUCAAAGGAAGACACCGAUAGCAGCACAUGGACA